CAGCUCUGGCUAAAGUUUACCGUUGUUUUUGACGAGAGGGCGCUUUUCCCCGAAUUUCAGUUCAUUAAAAGAAGUUGAGAAAAUAAUUCUGAAGGAGCAAUGGCGGGGGCAAAGAAAAGAGCAGCCGAUCCGUUGGCGGGUUCAGUUCCAGCAAAAGCACCCAAGAAAAGUACAGUUUCCGAUAAAAAGAAUAUUCAAAUCCCCACCGCAAUGGCAGCAGAGUUUCCAAAAUCCCCAACUCCUGAAAAUCCUGCGCUACUUAAAAAGUUUUCUAAACUAAAGGCGCCAAAUAAGCAUCACCGCACCGAGCCUUCAACAAAUGAGGCGUCAAAUAGGACGCCUCGCUUCGGUGCACCAAUAAUUGACGCAGCCAAAACAAAGUCCGUGGAGAAACCCAAAGUAAACCCGGGAAAAAUUACGCCACCAGUAUCCACGGAGGCACCGAAAAAAAUGUUGAAGAGGUCGUCUAAAAGCCCGACAAAAUUGUGGAAAGAUAUCCAAAAAUUGUCGCCCGGUACUGGAAUAAUACUGGAUAGCUUUAUGGAGAAGCACAACGAUUCGCUCAUAAAUCUUAAAAGGGAGGGCUUUAUCAUGGCCAGUAAAAUGCAGGCCAACAUGUUGGACUCAUCGAAGAAAAAUUCUGAAAAUCUUAACCUAAAGAAAAAGUUGGCUAACACGGAGCGGGAGUUGUCUGGCUUGAAAAAAGAUCUUUUGGAGCAGCAAGAGAAGAACGCAGAGAACAUCAAAAAGUAUACGAAAAUCAACCAAGAGUAUACCAGCUGUGAGAAAAAAUACGAUAAGGAGCUGGGGAUCAUUAAAGCGUGUGUAACAAAGCAAAAUACAGACCUUAAAGCCGCUCAGUCUCGAAUUGCUACACGGGAUCUCGACCUGAAGAAUUUGCAACAAACCAAUCGUGAACUGGCUGGCGUUAUCAACAACUUUAAGAUUGAACUGGAAAGGUCAAAAGUCAUAAACACUGAGUUGAUGAAGUACAAUAAUGAAAUCACAGAGGAGUUUGAAGGUCUUAAGAUAACAUUUGAAGCUAUGACUGCAGAAAAAGAACUUUGUGAGGCUAACAUUUCACAGCUGUCGACCGAGCUAAAUGAAAAGAAUAUUGCCGGCGUGGAAGCUGAAGAGCGCAUUAAACAGCUCUCUUCUGAAAACAAAAAGGUUUUGUCUAAACUCGUAAGUGAGUUAGAAUGCAGCGAAAAUAACUGUCUGGAGCAGCAGCGAUUGACUGAUCAAGCCGUAAAAGAUCUUGAACUAGCUUUAAAUGAGAUAAAUAUAUUAAAAACUAUUGUGGAUGAAAGGGAAAGAAACAAUGUGUCCCUUAAUGACGAACUUAAGAAAACGACGGAAAGACUGAGCGAGCUGGUUAAUAUCAACGAAUCUUAUUAUAAUGAAUUGUGUGAAACUAAAUUAAAACACUCACAAGACAUAAAGGAUCACACGAAUGCUCACGAGACUGCUCUUCUGGAGCUAAAAGCUCUAUUGGCUAAGGGGUCACUUGACUUUACACAGCUUAAGAACAGCAGUGACGAACUACAAAAGGAAAACCAUCUGAAGGUCGCCGAACUUCAAGGAAAGCUUAAUGAAAUGGAGUUGCAGCGUAAAAAGCAGGAGGAGCUUUGCAAUGAACUGCAAAUGAAAACUAAUAGCUAUGAAAAAGAAAUAGAACGACAGCAGCAACAGCUAAGUAAUCAAAUCGAGAUCAUGACAUCUAAAUUUGAGGCAGAAAGUCUGCGCAAUGCUGAUGAAACUCAAGCACUUAAAGCUGCACUCGUUCAAAGUGAUGGAAUGUUGAAAGCUGAGCAAACGAACAUGCAACGUUUGGCGAUUGAUCAUGAAAAGCUUGAAAUUUUAUUUGCAAAGGUACAGGAUGAGAAGGAGAAAAUCACCACUGAAUUAUCGGCAGCUAAGUUGAAAUUCACACAAGAGCUGAAUUCCCAGGAGAUUCGCCUUCAGAAAAAGUUAUCUGAAAUGCAGAUGGAAAUUAAAAAUAAAGAAUCCGAAAUGCUUGAAUUGGAACGCGAACAGAACAAUGAAAUGGCCGUACUUAAAUUCAAAAUGAAUCGAAUUAACAGUUUAAUCGACCAACCAGUUCACAAAGUGGAUGUGGACACAUCCUUACAGGGUUCUAAAAUCCAAAACACGAAAAAAAAUGCUCCACCGAAAAAGAACGUUCAUUUGCCGGGCUCUUCAAAAAAACGUAAUGCUGGUGAACAAGGGAUAACCACCGGACAUUCGACAAGCUUUCAAAGCGAGGAUGGGCAGCCGCUUGUAAGCGCUAAUCGGAGUGCCAAAUCAGCUCACAAUGUGCCCACACAAUUAUCGACUUCUAAACUCCAGGAUGCCAUGGAAACCUCCAAAACACAAAGCACUCCAAAAAAAGUGCAACCGGAUUCAAACGAUGAUUUGCCGAGCUCUUCAAAAACUAUGUUCGGUCAUCAGCGACAAAUUGGUGCAAUACAUUUGUCAGACUUUGAAAGCGAGGAUGACCAGCCUGUUUUAAGCUAUAAAAACCAUAAACUGUCUGCUGUGGUUAAACCGCAACAGGAAGAUCUGUUCGACAUUUUGAAGAAAUCUAAUUAAGCAAGUUAACCACUUAAUACCAGAUAAAUGUAAGGAUACUGAGUGGAGAAAUGAAUUUAGAACUUUCGUUAUCAUUUAAAAACUAUUCUUUAAAUACUUGUAUCCUGCAAGUAUUUUUUAAGAAAAUACUUUUCUAUCUAUUGAAUUACCUUAAUUUGGUAACUAAGUGCUAAGUAACUACGUAAUAUUCGAUAUAUUCAUAUAAAAAAUAAUACGCGAAAUAAUUUUCAUUG